AUGAUAGCGAUGGCGAGCGUCAUUGGCUUUCCUCUUCCUUUCGCUCUGGUGGUGGGGAUCAACAUCUGGUUCUUAGUGCUGGUUGCGUGCUUCGUGGGGUUCUUCGGACGAGUUUUAAAUCAAAACCGAGUGCUGUUAAAGGAGCUGAUAAGGGCGAUCAUAGUGCUCAUCUGCCAAGUGUUGCUGACCUUCGUAUACCCAGCGUACCUGUACGGAUUUAUCAGCGUCAGCACAGAUAACCAGAAGUUCUACGUCAUGCUGCUCCCCAUCAUCAAAAUCGCUGCGAGGAACUGGAUCAGCUACUGUCUAGGCAACAACUACGACCUGAUCCCUCAGGUCAUGAUCAUCAACGUGGACGUGUUCAACGCGCUGUACGUGUCCAGCUCGAUGGAGAACUCGCACUCGAGCACGACGGUGGUGCAGAUGGUCGCGUUGGAUAUUCUCCUCGGGCUUGUAUCCUUGUCGGACAUUCGGCACCUCAGUAACGCGAUCCUUUUCCUACGUCGGAAAAUCCCCGGUGACCACCCUCUGAAGACCGCAAGCUUCGUUGAGAUCGCUCUGAAAAUCAUCGACGAAGAUCCGAGAGCGAGAUCCAGACUUUCACUGCUUCGUUACGGUCCAUUGGCAAAGAUUUUCUCCAACAAGGAGCGCCAGUGGUUUCUGGAGAGAAGUGCAAGGACGCUCUUUACGACGGAGUUUGUGAUCCUGGUGCUGUAUACGAAGGUCAUCAUCCCGCUGAUCUUUUGCAUAUACACUGCGGGGAUGUUCUUGUUACCCAACCACGACUACUAUCCGCUGCUGCAGUCCUACGAUGGUGAUGAAAUGGCGAACAAUCUUGGCCGCGUUGUUGCGUUCGGGUCCAUUGAGCUGCUUCUGAUGCUGGUGAUGGGGUACGCUAUUCAGCAAAUGCUGGGGAUAUCGGUGAUGCACUUGCUCUCCUUUGUGCUGGAUCGGAGCUGGCACAUGGUUCAAUCGAACUUGUUUUUGUGGAUUUGCUAUACGAUCCAAAACUCACUGGAGCACAACGGUACGAGUUUGUGGGGGGAACCUUGGCUGGUUCUACCGCAAUUCUCACUUUCCGAUACUCUGCUUUCAUCUCUUUGA